UAAUAUUAUUUUAUCGGUUAUUUAGCCUAUUAAUCAUGAAAGAAAAUAUAUAAUAAGCCCAUUAUGAUGAAAUUGAGGGAUCUUUAUAUUUAAUAAAUAUGAUUUGAAUAUAAAUUAACUAAUCACUAUGAUUUUGUAAAAUAAAUUUCGUUUUAGUAAUAUUUAAAAUGGCCGCUGAAAAACUGUUAUGGAUGACCACAGUGCUUCUCAGACUCUGGCUUGGUGCUACGGACCUCUGCUAUGCACAGUCCACACUCCUGACGUUUCAAGACCUACUCCCCGACGACCCUCGACUGUACGACAAGAUGCGACCGCCCAAGAUCAACGAUCAGCCGACAACAGUUAACUUCCACGUCACUGUCAUGGGUUUGGAUUCCAUCGAUGAGAACUCCAUGACUUAUGCCGCCGAUAUUUUCUUCGCUCAAACAUGGAAGGACUUUCGUCUAAGAUUGCCUGAAAAUAUGACUUCGGAGUACAGGUUACUGGAAGUCGACUGGUUAAAACAUAUGUGGCGACCGGAUUCCUUCUUCAAGAACGCCAAAUCCGUAACCUUCCAAACAAUGACGAUCCCGAAUCACUACGUGUGGCUGUAUAAGGACAAAACCAUACUGUACAUGGUGAAGCUGACCCUCAAACUGUCCUGCGCUAUGAACUUCCUCAUCUACCCUCACGAUACACAAGAAUGCAAGUUGCAAAUGGAGAGCUUGUCCCACACGACAGAUGACCUGGUUUUUCAGUGGGAUCCUGACGUGCCCCUGGUAGUGGAUGAGAACAUCGAACUGCCACAACUGGAACUGGUUCAGAACAGGACUGCUGAUUGCACUCAGGUUUACUCCACUGGUAAUUUCACAUGCUUGGAAGUGAUCUUCAAGUUGAAACGGCGUCUUGGCUACCACCUCUUCAACACUUACAUACCAACCUGCCUUAUCGUCAUUAUGUCUUGGGUAUCGUUCUGGAUCAAGCCAGAUGCCGCCCCCGCCCGAGUGACGCUCGGAGUGACGUCGCUCCUCACACUGUCCACGCAACACGCAAAGUCGCAGGCGCAGCUCCCUCCUGUGUCGUAUCUGAAAGCCGUUGAUGCUUUUAUGUCUGUUUGUACUGUGUUCGUGUUUAUGGCCCUGAUGGAAUACUGCUUGGUGAAUAUAGUUCUUGGUGACGGUGCUGGCAAACCAAAGGAGGCAGCGGAAGCAGCCAAGGCCCGCAUGCGAGCGAUCAAUAUAGACCGGUUCUCGCGCGUGUUCUUCCCGUUCCUGUUCUCAGUGCUCAACGCCACCUACUGGCUUCAGUUCGCGCAGUACAUCUGACUGCAUUAAUGUGGUUUUGUUGCUUUAUCCUUCAGUUACAUCUUCAAUAGCUGCAAAAUACUGUCAGGCGUGUCAUUCAAUGGUAUAUUUAUGUUUCUAUUCUACUUCUGUUUCAAUUUCGCGAUAAAUUACGUAUCUAACGUAUCUUCGUAAGCUCAGUUAAUUAGUCCGCAAACGCUGUCAUGUUGAUGAUACAUACAAUACUAAUAUAUUAUUGACGGAUGUUUUAACAUCUUAAGUUCAGCAACUGUCAGAACCUACAUAUCACAGUUGGUUAUCAGCAAUAUGUUGACGUUGUCCGUGUGUGUGAUGCCAAUAUAAAUGCGGUUGCAAAGAUUUGCAAUUCAGACAUAGAUGGGAAGCAAUAUGCUUUUGUUUUGAGAAUAAUUAACAACCUCUAAUGGGCUGGCUGUGAAAGUAAAGACAAUGGGCUCAGAUCCCACUUCGAAAGAAUUAAGGACAUUACUUCUUAGAGAAACCUCAUUUAAAGAUGACGCGAAGUGAAACUAAAGGAGUAAAUCAGAAACACUAAUUAUACAGUUACGUUUAAAAUUAUCGUCAUCUAUUGAAGGCAUUCUGUAUGUUUUCUGUUACUAUUUUAUUUAGAUUAACCCGUUCUGGUAUUAAGUACCCUUCAUUUAAAAAAAAUAUUUAUUUUGAUAAAUUUUAGAUCAUCGAUUUCUUAUUGGUUUAUUUCGCAAAAUUUCAGAAAAAGAUUUUUUUUAUGACUUUUCACUAAUAAAGUGUACGUAUAUUAAAAUAAUUGGCAUAACUUCUAUUUUUUUCCGAUUUCCUUCCACCAUCACAAGUUUUGCCAUUAUUUAAAUGUUCAUCCAUUGUAUUCUUUGUUUCUAAGCAUCGUCAAAAUACCUAUUUUUCAAAAAUAAAAGAAUCUUGUGACCAUCAUUGUUAACCAAAAUGCCAUUGUUCACUUUGUUGGCAUUCUCUUUAAUUUUUGGACUUUUGUCCAUUACUUCACAUUCAAUAUCCUAUAUUAGUAAAAUAACUAUAUUAUAACUGCGUCGUUCUUUUAGAUAGUAUAUAGUCAUGUGUGAACUAUCGCUGUCACCUGAACGCUAAAGGACGCCUUCGGCAUCUAAAACUUCGGGAGAUCGACUACUCGCACUGUCGUCCACUUCGGAGUCACUGUAGUCGAUAGCAACCCCCCCUGCAAAUGUCAAUUUAACCUUAGAAUAUGGUUCCCACUCUCAAUAAAGUUUAUUGUGUUUACUCUUGAAUUUUAAUUAUUACAUAAUAUUUUAAUAUGAAAAUCUGUCUAGUCGUUGCGCUCUUUUUAGUGGAAACAUUUUAGUGGAAAAGGUCAAAUUAUGUGCCUAAUUAGGGUGUACUUGAAGUCUUCUCCAUUAAACAGGCAACGAUAUCCCGAAAGGAGCCGUCGAUAGUUCACACCAGAAAUUUAUGAAAGUACAAAGAUCUGCAAUUCAAGCACGGUUGGGCAGCAAUAAGCCAUUUUUUAAAUAAUUAAUAUCGUCUAAUGGCCUGUCUGUGAAAGAUCGGAGGUUCAAACCCUACUUUUAAACAUUAAAAUACAGUUUGUCAGGAGCAAGACUGGAGUUAAUAGCAUUUGGGAGUGAAAUGUUGGGAGUUAUUUCAAUGCCGUUUAGGUUAAAAGCGUACAACGUAAUUAGAUAAUGUGUGAAAAUGACAACGCGCACUCUCGACGACUUUAUACCGCGCAUAUAAAAAAAAAACACAUUUCUCCCAAACUCGUUUACCGCACAUUUUAUUUAGUUCAUCGGCGCGUACAAAAAGGUCAUAUGCACAGGAUUUUAAAUCGUUUAUAAUGUUUGAGUACGGUAAUUGUCUUUAAUCUUUAUGGUAGUAGAGUUUAAUGUGUAAUGGUGUUACAAAUAGUUAUAAUUUUCAAAGACUCGUUUAAUAUGAGGCAUAGUGAUUGUCUGAUAUGGAUAACUCAAGACGUCACGAAGAGUAACAGGCGUGGGUACUUAAAAGAAAUAUUGGAAUUCAUGCUUGAAUUGCAGAACUGUGUACGAAGCUAUAUCUGAACAAGACUUUGACAUAUUCAAGGCUGAGAAAUUUGGUAGAGCACAUUUCGGAUGAGCGACGGUAAAAUAUAAAUGAGCUCUGAAUUAUCAUUGACGUAUAUUCU